UUACAUUUUCAGGUCUUUCCAGGCCUUGGCCAGCCUCGCAGCCUGACUAACCGGCUCCUCCAGGCUCAAGGCGCUGGGGGCGGGGGUGUGGCAGGAGGUAGCCAGAUCAGCCCCAGGCUGUGGAUGGGGAAGAAAGCUGAGCUCGGGCGGCCAUCAUGGGGCUCCCCCAGAGGCAGCCUGGCCCAUCGGUCCUGCUCCUCCUCGUGGGGGCGCUGAUCUGGCCCUCAUCUUGUGUGAGCCUGGAGCUGAUCCCCUACACGCCGCAGAUAACAGCCUGGGACCUGGAAGGAAAGGUCACAGCCACCACGUUCUCCCUGGAGCAGCCUCGCUGUGUCCUGGACGGGCAUGCUGGCAUUGCCAACACCAUCUGGCUGGUGGUGGCCUUCAGCAAUGCCUCCAGGGACUUCCAGAACCCGCAGACACGAGCUGAGAUCCCAGCCUUCCCACGGCUGCUCACUGAUGGCCACUAUAUGACACUGCCCCUCUCCCUGGACCAGCUGCCCUGUGAGGACCCCGAGGGUGGCAGCAGGGACGUCCCCCUGCUGCGGGUUGGCAGUGACCCCGGCUGCCUUGCUGACCUCCACCAGCCACCCUACUGCAACAGCCCCCUCCCGAGCCCUGGACCUUACAGAGUGAAGUUCCUCCUGAUGGAUGCCAGAGGCUCACCCCAGGCCGAGACCAGGUGGUCCGACCCCAUUGCUCUCCACCAAGGGAAGGCGCCAGCCUCCAUCGACACGUGGCCAGGGCGGCGCAGUGGUGACAUGAUCAUCAUCACCUCCAUCCUCUGCUCUCUGGCCGGCCUCCUGCUCUUGGCCUUCCUGGCAGCGUCCACCGCAUGCUUCUCCAGCCUGUGGUGGCCUGAGGAGGCCCCGGAGCAGCUGCGGAUUGGCUCCUUCAUGGGGAAGCGCUACAUGACCCACCACAUCCCACCCAGCGAGGCCCCCACCCUGCCCGUGGGCUGUGAGCCUGGCCUGGACCCCCUCCCCAGCCUCAGCCCCUAGGCUGGCCCACGUGGCUGGGGCAUGGCCGCAGGGAGUCGGGGGCAAGGACCUGGGGCUCAUUCCCAGCCUCUGCGCCUACAUGCCCCUUCCGCAUCGCACUUCCCCGCCCUGCCCACAGUCCCACUGAUAUAGGAAAGAUGUCAGGGUUCGUAGCCCACUGCCGACAAGGAACACUUGAGACGUCUUUGGUGCAAAAAGGUGGUUUUAUUAAAGCACGGGAGACAGGACCCGUGGGCAGAAAGAGCUGCUCUGGGGUGGCGAGGAGUGGCCCAUUAUAUAUAUACUUUCAAGUUAGGAGGGCAUUAGGGAUAGCAUAAGUUUCUAAGGAAUUUUGGAAGCAAGGUUUCCAGGAUCCUGAGGGGGCUAGCUAUUGUUAGGAAAAGGUCAUUUAUUACUGUUCAGUAAAAAGUGUCACGAGACCCUUCAGAUGUAUAUCGGUGCGUCAUAUGCUCGGAGGAUGACUGCCAACAUGUAUCUUGGGGGUUUCGAGAUAAAGGAAGUUUCCAAAGGAAUUUUUCUGCAUUAAGUAGACUUACAGGGUCCUGGGGGUCAAGCUAAGAUUGCCCUUUGCCCUUAGUAAAGUGUCAACAUCCCGGCAGCUGAGUCCCUAGAGGAAUGUCACUCUGCUUGUUUCAAGGACUUGUCAGUGGUUGUUAAGUAGUGAGGAAAUUUAAUAAUUUUUCUUCUGCCUUCGUUUCCCACAUCACCACCCCCAGCAGCCCUGACUUUGCCUUUCCUGUUCUGCCCUCCCCAGGGAGGGUCAGGGUCAGGCUAGUAUGCAGCUCCCACUUCCAUCCCCACCUCUGUUCUGCCUGGCCUCUCGCGGGAGAGGCUAGAGGUGAUGUGCAGAGGCCGCCCUGACCAGAAGCUUCCAGGCUCCAGGAGCAGGGAGCCUUGCUCUGCCCUGUGCAGGGGACUGGGCCGGGCCCAUCACAGUUUGUAUGGGGCCUGAGCCUCCCUCUGUCUCUCUGCCCCACCUUCCAGUGGCUGGGGACUUCAGAGACGGGCCCUUUCUGAGGGUGGCCAGAAGGUCAGAGUGUAGACGCACAU